GAAGUAGUCAUCAGAAUCUGAGAAACUCACUUCUGAACAGGAGUCCACACUCCACCACUGACAAAAUGACUCACUCCUGCUGCUCCCCGUGCUGCCAGCCCACCUGCUGUGAGUCCAGCUGCUGUCGGCCUUGCUGCCCCCCAACUUGGUACCAGACUAGUGAAAACACCUGCUGUAGGACCACCUGCUGCAAACCUACCUGUGUGACCACCUGCUGCCAGCCUGCCUGCGGUGGGUCCAGCUGCUGCCAGCCUUGCUGCCGCCCUAUCCGCUGUCAGACCACCUGCUGCAGGACCACCUGCCUCAAGCCUACUUGUGUGAGCAGCUGCUGCCAGCCCACCUGCUGUGAGUCCAGCUGCUGUCGGCCUUGCUGCCCCCCAACUUGCUAUCAGUCUAGUGAAAACACCUGCUGUAGGACCACCUGCUGCAAACCUACCUGCGUGACCACCUGCUGCCAGCCCGCCUGCAGUGGGUCCAGCUGCUGCCAGCCUUGCUGCCACCCUAUCCGCUGUCAGACCACCUGCUGCAGGACCACCUGCCUCAAGCCUAUUUGUGUGACCAGCUGCUGUCAGCCCACCUGCUGUGGAUCCAGCAGCGGUGGACAAACCUGCAGUGGGUCUAACUGCUGUCAGCCUUGCUGCCAGCCAGCCUCCUGUGCACCCGUGUACUGCCAUAGAACCUGCUACCACCCCACGUGCUGCUGCCUGCCUGGGUGCCAAGACCAGAGCUGUAGAUCCAGCUGCUGCCAGCCUUGCAGCCGCCCUGUCUGCUAUCAGACCACCUGCUGUAGGACCACCUGCUGCCACCCUAGCUGUGUGUCCAGCUGCUGCCAGCCUUCCUGCUGCUGAUCACCUUGCCAAGGACCCACUGUCCCUAUACAACACUUUCUAUUAAUUGACUUGCUACCUGGGGACAAAACAAAAUCACUUCCUAGACUUUGCUGACAACUGACAUGCUCUACCAGAAUUUCAGUUACUCAGCUCCUUGCUUAAGAGCUUGUGAAUUAGGUUGACGGAGUGCAGGGGGCUUCCUCCAAUUGUCUUCCUCUGGUGUAGGAGGACCAUGUGCCAACUUCCUGCAUCUGUGAUAAGGAAGUAUGUCUUGGUUUUGACUCUGAAAAUAGGAUUGACCAUCUAGUUCUUCUGAGUAACUUAGGAAAACAAGCUCUCAGAAUGUUUCUAUAGGUUUCUACAGCCUAUUAUAAUUUUUAUAAUCAUAUUUUCUCUUUUGCUAUCCUCAUAGUUCUUGUAUCAUGCUUUCUCCUUUUAUGAUCACUUUGAGUUUUCUGUAUGUUUCUCAAUAAAUGGUGUACCACAA